CACAAUUGUACACACUUUUACAUAACAGUCCGUCGUAUUUUAUUUUUUUGAAGCCUUCUUGUUCUUGACAUGAAAUCAUUGAUCUGGUCUGCCAUUGCUCUUUUCGUGACUCAUGUUACAGCAAGUGUAGUGACUUUGAAUAACGCAGCUGAAUUCAACACGGCUAUUGAAGACAAUCGUCUUGUGUUGAUUAAAUUUUUCGCCCCUUGGUGUGAUCACUGCAAGGCGUUAAAACCUGAGUAUGAGCAAUCAGCAACUUUAUUAGAAGCAGAAGGCAUGAUGGUAGCUGAAGUAGACUGUACCUCAAACAGUGAUAUUUGCGAAAAGUACAAAAUACAGGGUUAUCCUACUUUACAAAUUUUUAGAAAAGGUCAACCAAGCGAUAUUUAUUCUGGUGAACGCAAGGCGGAUAGUAUUGUGAAUUAUAUGAAAAAACACUUAAUGCCUAGUCUGGUUGAACUAAACACAAAAGAAGCCAUGGAUACAUUAAAAGAACAAGAGCCUUUAGUUGCCAUUGCUUUUCUCUCUCAAGCAGAUGAACAAAAUACCAAGACAUGGAAGGCAAUUUCAGACAAAUUUGGAGAUGAUUUCGCUUUUGGUGUUGUAACAGAUUCGGAUUUUAUCAAGAGUGAAGGAAUCAGUUCUCUGCCUACUGUUGUUCUUUAUAAGCGAUUUGAUCCUUUAUCACCAGAUUAUUACCGAACAAACCAGUUGGACAUUGAUCAAGUAGAAGAUUUUAUCAAGUUGAAUUCAGUCCCUCUUUUGGCCAAAAUUGAGCCUGAUUCUUUUAUGGAUUAUGUGGAUGCUGGUAGACCUAUUGCUUAUAUCUUCUCAGACUCAGAAGACAUGGAACAAGACAUGCAUACUGCCUUCUUGCCUUUGGCUCAAUCAUACAAGGGAAAGCUUAGUUUUGUUCAUAUCGAUGCCAACAAAUACAGUUCACAAGCAGAUUUCUUAUCCUUGGCCAAGGAUCAAUGGCCAGCACUUGCUAUUCAUGAUUUCAAGACAGGCGCUCGUUAUCCUUAUAGACAGUCAUUGAGAGACAAGGAAGCCAUUCAGCUGUUUCUAGAGAGCGUUGUUCAGGGCCAAGCACAACCUGCUAUCAAAUCUCAAGCUUUUCCUGUUCGAAACUCUAAUGAUCCAGUCAAGGUGGUCACAGGCAAUGACUUUGAAGAGAUUGUGCAUGAUAGAACCAAAGAUGUACUUUUAGAAAUCUAUGCUCCUUGGUGUGCACACUCACAGGCAUUGGCUCCUACUUAUGAACAACUAGGUGAAUUGAUGAAGACUUACGAUGCUGAGAACAGCCAUGGAAUUGUGAUAGCCAAGAUGGAUGGUACUGUGAAUGAUGUACCUCCUUCUGCUGGUUUCCAAGUCACUGGUUAUCCUACUAUCAAACUUUUUAAGGCAAACACAAACCAAAUGGUUGACUAUGAUGGUGAUCGUACACUUGAUAGUUUUGUAGAUUUCUUGAGUACACAUUCUACACAACAAACAUUCAAGAUGGACAAGACAAAGCGUGAUGAACUAUAAACUCUUUUUUUUUUUU